AGGGCAAUCAACUUCUUCUAGGUCUAUCCACACCCGACUGGGUCCCACAAUAGAACGCUUUUUUGAUCUCUUCCAUCGCUUCCCUUUUCGCCUUUUCCUCCAUUCACCACACCUGUUUUCAUCUGUCUUUCUUCUCCGUUUCCUCCCCUGAAAUCCCUCGUGUAUCCUCACCGACCCGUUUCCGCCGGUCGCCCUUUCCUCUUUACCAAUUCCUCGCCGAAAUCUCGCAUAACUGAUUUCCCAACCCACGUUCACAGAAUCCCCCCUUCUCUCUCCCGAUUUCGAUUUCUCCCUCCUAAUUUCAGCUUCUUCUCUUUGUUUCAUUUUCUCGCCGGCAGCUUGGGUCUCUCGCCGCCGUCGCUUUUUCAAGCCUUCGAUUCUCCUUUUCGUCUUUCUAGGUGAGAGGGUUGUUGCUUCUGGAAUCCUGAUCUCUACCCAGUUGAGAUUUGGUCGUUGUGGAUUACUCGAGGUUUGUUGCUGCUUCUGAUUCUGUGGUUCUUUAGUUAGUUCGGCGAAAUAGUUCUUCCAGUUGCUUAUGGAAGGUGGUUGAUUGUUCAUUUCAAAAGCUUAGGUGGAAUCAGAGAGUCAGAGAGAGAGAGAGAGAGAGAGAGAGAGAGAAAGAGGGAGUUGGGAUGAAGAGAGGGAAAGACGAUGAGAAGAUGAUGGGGCCAUUAUUCCCGAGGCUCCAUGUGAAUGAUACAGAGAAAGGGGGCCCGAGAGCGCCUCCAAGGAACAAGAUGGCCCUUUAUGAGCAGCUAAGCAUUCCAUCUCAAAGGUUUAAUUCUGGGGUUUUGCCUCGUAAUCCAAGUAACUUGGCUCCUGCCGGGUCUUCCAGCCAGGCGAGUGGGCUUGAAAGGACUUUAUCCUCGCCACCAACUCUAGCCGAUCAACUGCCUUCUUUCCAGCCCAGUGCUGGGAACUUGAACAGUUCUUUGGCGUCACGUGAGCAGAGGAAGAAGGCCGGAGACGAAGAUGAUUUCACUGUUCCAGUAUUUGUACAUACAGGUGCGUCCAAGUUGCAGAGAAAACGUUCUAAUGUGGAAGAGCUGGCUCCAUUUAGCUCGAUGCAUUCAUGUCAUUCCAACAAAGCUCAGAAUACUGGCUAUAUUGAUACCCAGUGUGCGUCAUCCAUUGAUCCCCAUUCAAGACAUGGAGGAAAUCCAUGCAUUUCAAGUGAUAAUUUGCAUACUAGAGAAAAUUUUGCUGAGUCUGGGGAGGAAGCAAUUGUACACCCGAAAAAACGUUCUCAUGGUAAUCAACAGCAGCCUGCAUGGUUGCAGUCAAAUGUAUGUGCACUUGGUGAUGCUGUUCCUGAGAUGCGGCGAAGGGGAACAGAGAAAAAUGAUGUCCUUGUGCGAAAGGACAGCUUGGGUUUUUGUGAAGAGCCAUGUACACCCAAUGAGGGCAGUGGCGCCUGUGUUACCAAGGUGGACGUGUCAAUACCAGUGAGAAAUACUGAUAAAGGGGACGAUGCAUCUGACACAUCCAUUGUGGACUCUGCCGAACCCUUGGACAUAUCUCCGGAUGAUGUUGUGGAUAUGAUUGGUCAGAAACAUUUCUGGAAAGCUAGAAGAGCAAUUGUCAAUCAACAAAGAGUUUUUGCGGUUCAAGUGUUUGAGUUGCAUAGACUCAUCAAGGUUCAACAAUUGAUCGCUGGUGCUCCGCAUCUUUUGGUGGAAGAGAGCAACUUCCUUACAAAAUCAUCCAUUCCUGGCUCUCCAAUGAAGAAACUUCAAGCCGAGUACGUCCUGCUGCAGCCAGCACGUGGUACCAAAAGAAAAGAUGAUUCACAAGAACCUAGUCAUAAUAAGAUGGAAGGUUCUGCAGAGAAUGCUGUUGGGAAGUCUCUUGGAAACCAUAGUCAGCCACCAUCAACCUACAGGCCGCCUCAUGUAGGAAACCAAGUUCCAGUUCCAGCAAUCACAGACAGCAACAACACGACGACUUCAUGGAAUUUCCACCAAGCCACUGGCCAGCACUGGUUGGUCCCUGUCAUGUCCCCUACCGAAGGACUCGUGUACAAACCUUAUGCACCCCCUGGACAAAUGGGACCUGGUUGUGGAGGAUAUGGAGCAUACGGCCCUCCUCCUGUAAUGGGAAACUUCAUGAACCCAGGCUACGGACUUCCAACUUAUUUUCAACAGGGAAUGGGUUGCUUCCCUCCAUAUGGUAUGUCAGUCAUGAGCUCCGCUCUCUCGGGUUCAGCAGUUGACCAGUCGAACUGCUUCCCAGGAUCGGGUUCCCAUGGUCAAAUCAGUCAGUUGUCUGGAAGUGGGGCGAAUUUCAACGUUCAACAUAACGUGGAAGUGCUAACUCAGAAGAGUGGGGCUGUCUCAGUGGCGGAGAUCCGGGUAACUUCUAAAGAAGCUGAGCUGCAAAGAAGCACCGCGAGUAGCAUUAGCGAGAGAGUGGAAGUAGUCGGUAGCAUUCAGCAGCGGGGUGAUAUAAGAGAUGAUGCAUCUCUUCAACUUUUCCCAAGAGCUCCUUCUGCAUUUGGCGCUGCUCCUCAACGAUCAGGUAACGUCUCUAGGGUGAUCAGGGUCGUGCCGCAUAACUCCAGGUCUGCAACUGAAUCAGCAGCUCGGAUCUUUCAGUCGAUACAAGAAGAGAGGAAGCAAAAUGAAUCUGUUUAGUCAGGUGCUUGGAGAUUCCCUGUAACGGUAUGCAAUUUUUGCUGUUUAUCGAUUAUUGUUGUUUGUAGUGGGGUUUUGGACUUUUGAUCCAUUUAACUUUAGUAUAGGCUAUUCUGGAAUGUAGAUAUGCCGUGUGCUGGAGGACUAACGCAUCGAUAUGAACAGUGCCCCUAGAGUAAAAUGUGCUUUCCAUCUUUCUUCAGUUUUGCUAUAUUUGUUUGAGUCUACUACUAAACCGAGGCAACUAGCUAACCUUAAAUGAUCUAAGGGCACUUGUAGUUUCUUCUGGGACGACAGUGUGUGCACUGGUUUAUUUUGUUCUGGUCCGAUGCUUGAAAAUACAUCAUACUGAAUUGAAUCGAAUGUAAUAUAAUGUAUUCGGUAUUUUGUCACAUGAAUUUUAUAAAUAUAGAAAAAUGGAUAGAAUACGAUCAUAACUCCAUUUUCCAUUAAAAAAAAAAACUCCAUUCGAACUGCCAAUUUUGGUACCCGCUAAAUGAUCUAAAUUGAACCCUAUAUUUAAUGGUAUGACUAUCGACUUUCAAUAGUUCGUCUUUGACUGUCGAUAGCCAAUUCUCGAGCUCUGACCAAAACACAAUAGCUCUUUCGAUUUAUACCCCUAGUUUAGCAGUUGGAGGUCCCAAAUCACCCUUGACAUUCUAUAGAAAUUUCAAAUCGGAUAGGAUGCAAUGGUAGUCGGGUUUUUUGCUUCUAAGAUAUCUUUCACUACUAGACCACCAUUCUAAUGAGUUUCGAGCGCCUUUGGAUCGAACCAUUAUAGAUCCCUAGCCAUAAGAAAACUUAGGGCCAAACAUAUAUUCUAAGUCAACUCAGGAUGACAAUUAAACUGACAAUUCCAAAUAUAGAUAAAACCUGCAAAAAAUUUACUGGAGUUGGUGGUAGAUUUAGUAUUUGGAAAUGGAGACGAGGGUAGUUUAGAAAAACUCACCCCAAACUCGGUGGCUCCCAACUUUACAAUCCACUCAAAAUGGAUAUGAAAUAAGGAUGAAAAAACAAGUGCAAAGAGGCCUAAAAACAAGUGACUAACAAAUGCAAUUGCAACUUUAGGAGGCUUCAGUUUUGGGGUUUGACGGUUACAAUUUCAGAGCAACGGUUCUAACUGCGAUCCGUAUAAGAUACGCUUGUUCUUUCUCUUUCCUCCUUAAUUUUAAUAUUUAUUUAUUUCCUGAAAUUUAAUUCUAAAAUCUUUUAAUUUUAUUUUCCGUAACUGCUCUUAUAUAUAAACUUUUCACUAAUUUACUGUAAAAAAAAGUAAUAAACAAUAAUUUUCUUUUGACCUUGUUAGCUUUUGAUUCGGAGUAUCCGACCAAGCCUCCAUGGCUUGUUUAAGUUCAUUCGAUGGAGCUUAGUUGUCCUCCAGUAUGGGCACUUGUGUGUUUGUUUGUUUUUGCAGGGGCACGUAGUUUUCCCUUGAUCAUACAAGCAUCCAUCAAUUAUGAUUCAAUCUCGUGAUGUGGCGCAUGCGAUAGGUGGAGCGAUCUUGGAAGAGAUUUGUUUGUCGUCCGAGUCUUUUAAUUUCUUUAUUUGUACUUUUACACAGAGGUUGUACAACAGGGCUGCCCACUUAGUGGCUUCUAAUGCCCUUUCAUCGACAGCUCGAUAUUGUGUCGACUGUCGCGUCUGGUUUUCUAGCGUCCUGUAAUAUCUAUUUCAUUCCCGAUCUAUGGCAAAAAAAAAAAGUCAAAGAGGCCUAAAACCAUGAAAAUUUUUUAUUUUAUUUUUUAUAAUUUAAAUAUAAUAUGUAAUUACAUAUUCAAUUGUAAAUUAAUUAUUUACACUGAUGUAGAUGAACGAAAAUGAAUUGAGGUGAAUUGC